CUACGAAGAAGAACUAGAAACGAAUGCAUUUACCCACUCUGGAGGGGGGCCUUGAUCGAGUCGUCUUCAUCCGUCAACGAAACGAACCAAGGAAAUAUAUUUAACCUUCCAAUCAACCUGAAGUCAAUUUUAGAGUUGCGCCAGGCACCCUCCCAAAUAUUGACUGAAAAUAGUAGAUUUUUAGACUGAAUCAUGGCGGAUUCGAGCAACAGUGCUGCGGCGGCUGGAGCCACAGGCUCGAAUACUGGCGCCUCCGGGGCUGUUGCGCCGGAGGGAGCGACUGGAGCUGCGGGGAUCAAGCCCGUGUUGGAGGUGGUAAAGGGGCAGAACUUUGACGUUGGCCCCCGCUAUGUCAACCUCUCGUACAUCGGGGAAGGGGCCUACGGAAUGGUUUGCUCGGCCCAUGACGGCAUGACGGAUUCUCGCGUGGCCAUUAAGAAGAUCAGUCCAUUUGAGCACCAGACGUACUGUCAGCGCACCCUGAGGGAGAUCAAGAUCCUGCUGCGGUUCCGCCAUGAGAACAUCAUCGGCAUCAACGACAUCCUGAGGGCCCGCCGCAUCGAGUGCAUGAGGGACGUCUACAUAGUGCAGGACCUGAUGGAGACAGACCUGUACAAGCUCCUGAAGACCCAGAUGUUGAGUAACGACCACACCUGCUACUUCCUGUACCAGAUUCUGAGAGGCCUGAAGUACAUCCACUCUGCCAACGUGCUGCACCGCGACCUCAAGCCCUCCAACCUGCUCAUCAACACCACCUGUGACCUGAAGAUCUGUGACUUUGGGCUGGCACGGAUAGCUGACCCAGAGCAUGACCACACAGGCUUCCUGACAGAGUACGUGGCUACGCGCUGGUACAGGGCCCCCGAGAUCAUGCUCAACUCCAAGGGCUACUCCAAGUCCAUUGAUAUCUGGUCAGUGGGCUGCAUCCUGGCUGAGAUGCUGUCCAACAGGCCCAUCUUCCCAGGGAAGCACUACCUGGACCAGCUCAACCACAUACUGGGCAUCCUGGGCUCUCCCACUCCGGACGACCUGAACUGCAUCAUCAACAUGAAGGCCAGGAACUACUUGCAGUCUCUGCCUGAGAAACCCAAGAUCCCCUGGAACAAGCUGUUCCCCAAGGCAGACAGCAAGGCUCUGGAUCUGCUGGGCCGCAUGUUGACCUUUAACCCUAUCAAGCGCAUCACGGUAGAGGAAGCCCUGGCUCAUCCCUAUCUGGAGCAGUACUACGACCCCACUGACGAGCCUGUAGCAGAGGAGCCGUUCACCUUCACAAUGGAGCUGGAUGACCUGCCUAAGGAGAAGCUGAAGGAGCUCAUCUUUGAGGAGACAGCCCGCUUCCAGGCCACCUACCAGGGCUCCUGAGAUGGAGCUUUGAAGACGAGUGACAAAGCCACACGGAGGCUUGAAACAGGAAGACUCUAAACGACAAGAUACAAAAAAACAUAUAUACAGCAUACAAAAAAAAGGACCAGAAACAUGUACAUUUAACCGUUUUUUUUUCUUCUUCAGUUUCUAUCGCGGGAAGCUGUUUUUGGGUGGGGGGACUGUUGUCUACUUAAAGGAAAGAUUCACCCAUUUUGAAUGUUAGUUUGUUUUUGUGCAUAUCUGAGUGAUGUGCUAUUGAUUCCCGGGUUAUUUCAUGUUUUCAUGUAUAUCUGAGCUAUUGCCAUUCAAGCAGGCAGAAAUCCGGACGGUAUGUUGUAGCAUUGCGAUAAAGCCGCUCUCAUUACACUGGAAGUUAAUAGGAAUAUGACUUUUAGAUCGCAAAAACGUCUAUAAUGCAUGUCAGAUUUCGAUACUGGCCGAUGUCAUAAUGCUGGAGGUUGUCUGAGCGAUCAUAUUUUUGCGAUAUUCCUACCUCGAGAUGUGUAAUGUACACCACAUUUCUCCUAUUUGUCUGCCUCUUUAGUCCAUGGCCGUUGCAAAUGUCAGACU